GACAACUCUUUCAAUCAGAUUGACAUUAUUUCUUGAUACAUUUUUUGAAGAAAAACCUUUUUUAUGAAGUAUCUUUUGGUUUGUGCUCUAAACAAAUAAUAUGGACAAUAAAGGAUAUUUAGAUGAAGCUACAAAUACUGGUUUUAAACUAUCAACAACGAACCAAACAGUAGUGGAAAAUAAUGAAUCAGCACAUGUGGAAGAUGAAGCUGAGCACGAAAAAUGGGGUAAUGAUAUAGAAUUUUUGCUCUCGUGCAUAGCUCUUUCGGUUGGACUGGGAAAUGUUUGGCGAUUUCCAUUUGUGGCAUUGGAAAAUGGCGGUGGAGCUUUUAUUAUUCCAUAUGUGAUAGUUCUUGUAUUGGUCGGUAGACCAUUUUAUUAUAUGGAAAUGAUAAUGGGACAGUUUUCAAGCAGAAGUAAUGUUAAAAUCUUUGAUUUUGCACCAAUUAUGAGGGGAGUUGGAUAUGGAAUGGUUUUUGUUACUGCAAUGACAACGACAUAUUAUGCAAGUUUGAUGGCGUUAACUUUUCGUUAUUUGAUAGCAUCAUUUGCUUCCGAUUUGCCAUGGAGUAAGUGUCGUGAAGAAUAUGGUCCUACUUGUAUCAAUUCGGAUUUAACUGGAAACUUAAAUGGUAGUGAAGGAAAGAAGACAGCUUCUGCGCAGUUUUAUUUCUCUGAAAUAAUUCUCAGAGAAAAGGAUCAAAUCGACGAUGGCAUCGGAUACCCCAACUGGGAUCUUGCACUAUGUUUGGCAUUUUCCUGGUUCGUUGUAGCAAUCAUAAUGAUAAAAGGUGUACGAAGCUCUGGAAAAGCCUCAUAUUUUCUAGCAAUAUUUCCAUAUGUUGUUCUUGCCAUACUUCUCGUCAAAGCCAUGACACUACCUGGAGCCGGUACUGGUGUGUUGUAUUUCUUAACACCACAAUGGGAUAAAUUAUUAUCGCCUCAAGUCUGGUAUGCAGCAGUCACGCAAUGUUUUUUCUCACUAUCCAUUUGUUUUGGAAGUAUUAUAAUUUAUUCAUCAUACAACAAGUUCUCCCACAAUGUUAAAAGAGAUUCAAAUAUUGUCACCUCUUUGGACACCUUUACGUCUCUUCUAUCAGGAGUGGUUAUAUUUGGUAUCCUUGGAAAUUUAGCUCAUGAAACGGGCAAUGAAGAUAUUUCGAAGCUCGUGCAAGGAGGAACAGGCUUAGCUUUUGUUUCAUAUCCAGAUGCUAUUUCGAAAUUUUCAGUUGUACCACAGCUCUUUUCAGUUCUGUUCUUUUUGAUGCUAUUUGUUCUAGGAAUCGGAAGUGAAGUCGGUUUAGCGACGUGUGUUAUGACAUGUCUCAUGGAUAAAUUUCCAAGUACGAAACAUUGGAUUAUAGUUACUGGCAUUGCUGUCGUUGGGUUCUGUAUAGGACUUGUGUAUGUCACGCCCGGAGGACAGUUUAUGCUCAAUUUUGUUGAUUACUAUGGAGUUACAUUUGUAGUUCUUGUUGUUGCAAUUUUUGAAACCGCAGCUUUCGGAUGGAUUUAUGGAGUAAGACGAUUGUGUAAUGAUAUUCGGUAUAUGUCAAAUGAGGAAACUAGUCUCUAUUAUAGACUCUGUUGGGGCAUUAUAACUCCACUUUUUAUGAUCACUGUUUUGAUAUAUACUUUUGUUGGAUAUGAACCCAUCAAAUAUAAAGACUAUUCAUAUACGACAGGAAUGUAUAUUUUUGGCUGGAUUAUAUCAGCACUGGGAAUACUUCAAUUAGUUAUAUGGGGAACUGUUGGAUACUUUGAACAAUCAGAAGGUACCCGAAGAUUACAGAGAGCUUUUCAGUCAAUGGACGAUUGGGGUCCUUUGGAGAAAAAACUCCUUAUUCCAUAUCAAGCAAUGAUGGCAGAAAACGAAAGAAUCAGUUUUCAUAAACGGAGUUAUUGGGCUCGAUUUAAAAAUAAUAUAUUUGGUUGAGUUUAUUUAUUAAGACAUAUGACGUAUAAAUAAGUUAUAGUUGUAAGUUUUAAUGAUAAUUUUAUAAUCAUUAAUAUGUUACGUGUUUUUAUAUGAAGCUG